AUGUCAGCCAGUUUGCUCUGUGCCAGCAGUACCCAAAAUUCGCAACCUACGCAGGUGCCCGCGCUACCAAUUCAACAGCAGCAACUGCUACUGCGACAACAGUUGCUCAGCUGCGAUGGGAAAGCAGCAGCCCCUCAUAUGCUCAUUGAGGAUGAAGUUCAUGGAGUCAUUGAGAUCCCCAGUCACAUUGAGGAGAUCGUCAAUCAUCCAAUAUUCCAGCGACUCAAAAGAGUGAAGCAAACGGGCCUGCUCUCAUUGGCCUUCAAUCCGGCGUCGACGCAGACGCGUUACGAGCACUGCAUUGGCACUUACAAAAGCGCACAGGAUCUACUGGCGGCCCUCAAGCGCAAUUCCAACUACGAGCGAGAGCUGCCCGAAUGGUGCCGUCGAUCGGUGGAGAUUGCGGCGCUGCUGCACGAUGUCGGACAUGGUCCAUUUUCGCAUUACUGGGAACAAGUUUGUGGCGAAGGCCAGUUUGAUCACGAGCUCAACGGAGUGCUCUGCGUGGAUAGAAUAUUUGCUGAUAUGAAAUGCGAACUAUUGCGAUCUCUUCGCGACGACAAUAACGGGCGCGGUGUGCAGCUGAUAAAGGCCUUGAUUUUGGAUCAAAGUGAGAUGCUCACCUAUCCAAUGCUGGGACUCGGCUACCUCUUCGACAUUAUCCACAAUAGUCGCAGCGGCCUCGAUGUGGACAAAUGGGAUUAUCUGCGGCGCGACAACAAGCGCCUGAAGCUGCUGAGCGACGAGGAUAUGCAGUUCGAUGAUGUUUUCCUCAAGGCGCGCAUUGCGCCCGAUGGCCAACGCAUUGAGCAUCGCUACGAGGACUUCCAUCUUAUAUAUAAGCUCUAUAUGGCACGCUGGCGUCUCCACAUUGGCGCCUAUCAGCAGCCCAAGGCGCUGGCCUUCGAUUAUCUGCUGGGCAAGAUUGUGCGACGCUGCCAGCCACAUCUGAUUGAUGUGCGAGCCGAUUCCAAGGAGUGGCUAGAUUUAUAUGACGAUCGUGUAAUGCAGCUAAUAGAGAGCGAUCCGCUGACCGUUUACCUGCACUCACCUGAACGUUGGAUCGAGUCGGCUCCCUGUGACGGCAAUAAUGAGGAAUGUGUAUGCGUGAGACGUAAGAAGACGGCGCCUGGCGUUGACAUGCAACCCGAUGAGUGCUAUCCGCUGUAUGGCGAUCCCAGCAAGAAGCGCAGCUUUGAGCGUCUAACUGCUCCAACCAUAAUCAGCGCUUGCUAUACCCUGCAAUAGCCAAAGCUGCUUCGCUGGGAUAGUAAACUGCGCAGCCGAAUUAAUUAAACCCACAGUUGAUUCCUUUUUAUGUUUUCUCAAUAUGUUUUUAUGUUUGCCAUAUAUUUUGUAUAUUAAUAAAUUUAAUGUGUUCAA